GCCUGGAAGGUGCAUGGCACGUUAGGUGGAGAUGGUGAGCACGGGCAGGAUAUUAAUAUUUCGUUGAUUCGGAUUUCAGGUGGCUACUAUGUCGCUGUCGUCGGUCGCCCGAACGUGUGCUGCACUGCCUGGUGUUGGACCUUAGCCCACUCAUUCGUUACACGGUAACAGAGCGGUAGUUAGCGGUGCGCCGCGGUGCUGCCCGCCGGCUUCCCUGACGAGGAUGGCUGGCCGCCGCGGCUGCGUGAACUCGCUCUGGUCCGGUACCGAGCGCGUCCGGAUCGGAGAGCGCCUGAAAGCGACGCUGGCCGGGGUGCUGGAGCUGGAGCUGCUCAGGUGCAAACACCUGGAGAUGGUGGACGCCGCUCUGGAGGACAGACCCACCGCAGCGAGCGCCGCUGCCGCAGCAGCAGCAGCAGCCGCCGCCGUGGAUCCGCGGGCGGAGGGCAGCGGAAGCCCGGAGAGCGCUGCCUCGGAUGCCGACGAGGGCUCUGCGACAUCCCGCAGGCAACAGGACCCCUCUCCAUCAGAUAUAAUGGUAGCACCCCCUCAGAGCAGCCCAGUGGACUGUAGUGCUAACUCUGGGGACGGGCCAGUUCAUUCCACAGCUGGUGGGGGUGGUAACUCACGCUGGUCCACUUUGUCCUGGGAUGCACCCUCCGACCUGCUGUCUCCCCCAACUCCAGACCCCAGCGGCACGGUCCACCUGGACAGUGACUCCAGACCCAGCUCAGGUUUCUAUUCAGUGAGUGGGAGCUCCCUGUCAGACUCCUGCUACUCUGUGUCCAGUGAUGCUGCUCAGGGAGGCUCGGGGCCACUAGCCAGACCCCUCAGACUGUGGGAGCAGGGCCUUCUGCCUGGUGACAAUAGUGACACCCAGUGGCUGGAAGGCACAGUGCAGCAUCAGCCUCCAGUGCAGAACAGCCAGGAAGACACAGAGGUGACGGAGAAGAGAGCAGUUUCAGUCCCAAGUGACCUUGAAAUGACUGGCCUGAGCUUUCUGACUGAUCUCUGCUCAGGCCUUGGUGACCUUCAGCCUUCUUCCCUCCUCUUCCUUCUUGACCCAACCUCAUCUUCCUCAACCCCCUCCCUCCAUCUAAGGCCCCAGCUGGACCCCCGCUACUGUACAGAUCUGGUGUCUCGUCGGACCAAAGAGGUAUACCCCUAUCCCAGCCCACUGCAUGCAGUGGCCCUCCAAAGCCCCCUCUUCACGUCCCACAGCCAGGAGCCAUCAGCCAUCCCCAGCCCUGAAGGACCCCAAUCCAGUGAACCACAAGAAUCCACCACUGACCCCAGUCUUACCCUCAAGACUCACCAGCCGCCUGUCCUGGCCUCCCUGACCCAGCUGGAGCAGUAUAUCUCACGACUGGCUCGCCAAUACCGUCGUCGGGUGGCCUCCUCCACCUCUGACCUCACUCCAGCUGCCACCCCUGGCUCAGUCAGCUACAGAAGCCUUUGCACCCCUGGCAAAAGUCAUGGCUCCACCCAGUCCCUUUCUGCCUUUGAGAGCCGCAGUACACCCUCCACCCUGCCAGGGGACAGUGUCACACCCUGUAAGUCCUUGCUGGGGAACUCAGCCAGAGUCAGCCUCAGCAGUAUUGGGAAAAGAGCCAGCAGGAACUCCAUCAACCUUGGCAACCUUCCUUCAGCAACUGGAGAAGACUUGAAUAUAAGUCUGCAUCUUAACCUCAACCUUAACCUGGCUCCUGGUUUAAAUGCUAGUCUGGGUUUGGUAGAUAGCGCCAAAAACAGUGAAGCCAAGAAGAGUGACUCUGCUGCAGCCCCUACUGCCUCUGCCACAUUUCUGUCCUCCUCUACACCAACCCCAGCACUUAGAGCUCGGCCUCGCAUUUCUACCUGUCCCUCCACCCUGAGCCACCGCAGUUCUCUAGAGGUAACAUCGGGGCAUGGAACCAGUUCUGGAUCUGGACCACCAGCCUUCUGUCGCUCCCUGGACUGGAGCAGCAGUGCUCCACCUGGGGCUGCAUUAUCCGUGUUGGGUGCAAAUUCUGGAUCAGCUCCUGGGUCUCAGCGUAGUAGCUUGAUCCAAGAACCAAGCUCCAGUCCCAAGCUGAGUGAAGACUCACCCAUGGUGGGGGAGAUCUCUCGCCUUUCUGGCCUGUCUAGAGCUGUGGUGGUAGGACUAAUGGAACAGGGUGUGGAGCUGGACGUUGACUGCUUCCAGGCAGAUGCUGCAGAUGAGGCAAGGGGUCAAAAUCAAAGUCGCUUGACGACCCAGGCAGAGCAGUCGCAUGACUACUCUAGAGUGCAGUUACAUACUGCAUCCAUGGAGACGGACCUGAACCCACAGAGACCAAUACAACUGUCUCUCAGUGUCACCCAUUCUCCACAGUCUCAAUCUAGUCUCACCCCCCCUCUCUCGCACUCUCCCCUGUCGCACUCGAGCAGCCCAAUUCACCCUUACCAGGCCAUUCAUACCCCCUCCCCACACUAUUCCUCACACUGCCAUUAUCAGCAGACCCCUUCCCCAUCUGAUCCUCCCUCCUCCACGUCCUCCUCUCCUGCUUCUCGUCCCAACCCCAGGGGCCGCUCCCCUCCCCGCCCUCUUCAGCCCUCCCCACUGAGCGCCACCCCUCUCUCUGUUUUCCGACGGGAUGCACCCUCCCAAUGUUCACUGCCCCGUAUCAAUGCCAGGGGCCCUCCAAUGGAUCAUGGCAGCAUCCGGCCAAGGGGGGGAUCACUUCGGCAGAGUGGGGGAGGAGGAACUGUGGGUGGCAGUGGUGGUGGAUGGAAGAGGGUAGAGGGGGAGGGGCUCUACAGAGGGAAGCAUGCGUCCCGUGAGUUGAUUAGGGCAUCAACGGUGAGUGGCUUUGCCAAGAGAGAGAACUACAGUUCUGUUUGGGGUGAGGAAGAGGAGAGAGAGCAAACAGUGUCACAGAUGCCCAGGAAGACCUCCAACAAAGUCUGGAGGGGCUUGGAGGGACGCUUCUGGGGAAAAGAGUCGGAAAUUGAAAGGGAGGAAAUGGACAGAGCUGAGUAUGGCUAUGGAUGGAGGAGGAACAGCAGUGGGAGCUGGAGGAAAGAGCACCAAAGGGUAAAGGCCGUCUCCAGCAGUAAAGACAAGAAACCAAAAGUCGAGAGCUCCCCCAGCUUGUCCAGGAAGAGGUGGAAGGAUGACAGGGAGAAGCGCAGCUCCAGCCUCAGGCUGUCCAGAAGGGCUCUGUUCCGGAGCGAGUCCCAGGGCUUGUUGGUGCCUCGUACACAGAGGGAGGAGCCCACCAGGCGGGCACACUGGGUCUCAUCCCUGGAUGUGGGCCGAGGUGGCUUGGAGCUUGACAAGGAGGAAGGAGUCAGACCGUUACGAGGAAAAAAAGAGGACAAACGCCUCUCUUCUACCGCCAGUCUUUUCAACCUCUCUCGUUCUCAGAGCCUGGAAGGCAGCUGCCACUCCCUCUCACCUCUCUCCUCCCCCUCCUUCUCUCCAUCGCCUCCUCCACGGGUGCCCCUCCAGCGCUCUCGUUCUCUGAGGGACUUGGGCAGGAGAGUGUUUGGCUCAAUGAGAUCUCUGAGUCUCAAACGGAAAACAUCCAGGAAGUGAGAUAUGUCCAAUAAAUGAACAUUUAAAUAGUUACAUUUCCAUGUUACAAUCAAAACACCAGUGAUGGUCUUUAAUUUAUAUAAAGGGAAGUGCCAUCACCUUUCACUUUUCAUUUUCAAGCGUAGAGGUUUAUGACUCUAAACUAAGAUCAGACUGACAUAUUGAUAUUGGAUCCAGUGUUGGCCAUUUAAAACAUUAGGUAGCGGCCAGUCAUGCCAUUCACCACGAUAUUAACGAAUAUACCACAGCUAGUCUGUAAAAUCUGCAAAGAAAGUGCAAAGAAAAUACAGUUUAAUUAAUUUGAUUGUUUAUUAAUGUUUAUAUGUAAAAUUUUAAAGGCAGUAUUGUACUACAAAUUUUUGCCUACCCUUGAAAAGGUGGGGUGGGUGUGAGCAGAUAAUGACUGAACUUUUAUUGUCGGUGAAUUAUUUCUCAAAGGGGCUAUAACCCUCAUUAGUUUGGGUUUUGGUGGAAUUUUAGGAACAAAUGCUCUAAAUGCUGUUUCAGAGACUUUUUCAUCUUGACAGAAAUGAAAUUCUGGUGGAAGCACUGAUUACUUUAAAUUUUGUGGAAGGAAAUUAUUAAAUUUAUAGAUACUGAACUUUGGCACAAUAUAUUGGCUAACAGAAGCUUCACUUCAAAAAAUAUAUCGGUCGAACUCAACUCUAAACCAUGAGUAUGAAUGUGUACGUGUGCACUCCCCUUCUGCAUGCUGCUCUGUGACUUUGUUAAGUGAUAAUGCCUAUUGUGAGAAUGUGAUAUUCUUUUUUUGUGGGCAAUACUGCCUUGAAGGUACAAUCAUAUUGGCCAGAUGUUGACCAAAAUAAAGCAAAUACUCUUUAACUUGAUAUUGUGCUCAGGAUUUUGAACUGUAUAUCAAAUGAUUAAAAUACUAUUGAUAAGAGUUAUUGAGACAAAAUGUGACUUAUCAUGGCUUAUGAUUAAUAAAAGAAACUUGUAACUAAA